AUGAAAAUUCUUAUACUCGGUGGAUAUGGAAUCUUCGGCAGUCGACUAGCACGGUUAUUGGCUAGUCAAUCACAACUUACACUAUUCAUCGCAGCUAGAUCGAUCAAACACGCUAAAGAAUUGUGCAAUACCCUUCAUAGAAAUGCAGCAACAAUACAUUCUCUCUAUCUCGAUCGUGACAAUUCAAAUAUUGAAACUCAAUUACGAUUGAUUCAACCUGAUCUGUUAGUCGAUGCUAGCGGACCAUUUCAAUCGUAUGGCAAAGAUCCGUAUCGCGUUAUAAAAGCAUGUUUAGCAACAUCAAUUAAUUAUAUCGAUUUCGCAGAUGGAUCGGAUUUUGUGAAAAACAUUAGUCAAUUUGACACAGAAGCCAAGGCCAAUGAUAUCUACAUACUUUCUGGAGCCAGUACCUGUCCUGCAUUGACUGCUGCAGUAGUUCGCCGUUUAGCAAAAGGAUUAACUCAUAUACAUUCGAUCAGAGCUGGUAUCACUCCAUCACCCUAUGCUGAUGUUGGUCUGAAUGUAAUUCGUGCAAUAGCAAGCUAUUCUGGUAAGCAGAUAGCGGUGAUGCAUGCCGGUAGAUUAACAUUUAGCUAUGGAUUUACGGAGACAAUGCGCUAUACAAUAUGUCCACCUGGACAUCUUCCAUUGUCGAAUCGCCGUUUUUCAUUAGUGGAUGUACCUGAUAUUCGACUCUUGCCUGAUUUGUGGUCAGAUAUUAAUACGAUUUGGGUUGGAGCAGGACCAAUGCCAGAAGGUUUACAUCGCAUGCUCAAUGGACUGGCAUGGUUAGCUCGAUGGCGACUGAUUCCUAGUUUGACACCGUUUGCAAAAUUAUUUUAUAAGACAAAAAACAUCGUGCGUUGGGGCGAGCAUCGUGGUGGCAUGUUUGUUUCGAUUGAAGGAAUUGAUAAUCACGGUCAAAAGUAUGAACGAUCAUGGCAUCUCAUAGCUGAAGGUGAUGUUGGUCCUUUUAUUCCUUCGAUGGGAGCUGCAGCAAUUAUUCAUUGUGUAUUAGAUGGAAAAAUACCGGCAAGGGGUGCACGACCCGCCACUAUGGAUCUUGAACUUGAAGACUACGAAAGAUUAUUUUCGACUCUUGAUAUUCAUAGUGGACAAUGGGAUUUGAGAAGAACAAACACUUCUAUUUCAUCAUCAAACCUAUAUAAACAAUUGCUUUGUCAAGCAUGGGAUCGAUUACCACAGUCGCUGCAAACAUUACAUAGUGGCAAUACAGUAAAAGUGAUAGGUAUUGCUCAAGUUGAACGAGCACUAGUAGUUACUGCUGGAAAAUUGCAUCUCGUCGUGCGUGGUUGGAGUCUUUUUGGCAUACGGUUGCCUGGAUUAUUAGCACCAAGUGGAAACUUCUAUGAAUUUGAUGAUCAUGGUCGCUUUAAUUUUCAUGUCGAAAUUAAACAUACAUUCACAGGAUUAAUUGUACGAUAUUGUGGAUGGCUGAUGCCUGCUAAUUAA